CGCAAGGCCUUGUGGUCAAUGUAGUCCCUGGGCCUAUGUUGCUUGGCGGCCGAGGCCUUGUCCGGGACUGCAGCUUCCAGGAUGCGCCUGGCAGCGGUGCGGAGGAGGCGGAGGCUGGGGGCGGUGGCUUCCUCCCUCCGGGCCAUUGCAAGCCGGGCUGGAGGGCGGCAGGCGUCGUGGCGGAGGCGGCGGGGCAAGAGGAGGGAAUGAGCGAGGAGGAGGCGGAGGAGCCUUGCGGGAGCGCGAGGAGCGGCGGCGGCGGCGGCGGCGGCUUCCCCAGUAUAGAGCAAAUGCUGGCGUCUAAUCCUGGCAAGACCCCAAUCAGCCUGCUACAGGAGUAUGGAACACGCAUAGGCAAAACACCCGUCUACGAUCUACUGAAAGCUGAGGGACAAGCCCAUCAGCCCAACUUUACCUUUCGUGUCACAGUCGGUGACAUCAGCUGCACCGGCCAAGGCCCUAGCAAAAAAGCAGCAAAACACAAGGCAGCAGAGGUGGCACUCCGACUUCUGAAGGGAGGAAUCAUGUUAGAGCCUGCUCCCAUGGAGGAAGCCAGCUCUCCUUUCUCUCUAGAGCCCUUGGCUCAGACCACCAUCCCAGCUGCCUCACCUGUACCUAUCUUGCCAGUUCCAUCACCCAGCACAAAUAUGGAUGUGACUGCCCCAGAGUCAGCACAGCAGUCGGAGUGCAAUCCGGUUGGGGCCCUGCAGGAGCUGGUCGUGCAGAAGGGCUGGCGUUUGCCUGAAUACACAGUCACUCAGGAAUCAGGACCAGCACACCGCAAAGAAUUCACCAUGACUUGCCGUGUUGAAAGGUUCAUUGAAAUAGGCAGUGGCACUUCCAAAAAACUGGCCAAGCGGAAUGCUGCAGCCAAAAUGCUGGUGCGGAUCCACAAUGUACCUCUGGACCCACGAGAGGGCAGUGAGGCUGAAGUGGAGGAGGACCAGUUCUCUAUUACUGCAGGAAACAAAUUGGAUGGGGUGAAAGGGCGAGGUCCUGGCUGCACCUGGGACUCUCUGCGCAACUCAGCUGGAGAAAAGAUUUUGCACUUGAAGACCCACCCAAUAGAGGUGUUCAGCAUUAGUUUCUGCAGCCUCUUGCAGGAGCUCUCUGAAGAACAGAGUUUUGACAUCAGCUACCUCGAUAUUGAUGAGAUGAGCUUGAGUGGCCUGUACCAGUGCUUGGUGGAACUCUCUACACAGCCAACCACAGUGUGCCAUGGCUCAGCCAGUUCCCGCCAUGCUGCUCGGGCUGUGGCUGCUCGCAAUGCCCUUCAGUACCUCAAAAUUAUGGCAGGGGGCAAGUGAGCCUCCCCUCAAUAGCACUGGUGACUCUGAGCAGCUGUGGAUUCCGAAACACCUUUUUUUGUCUCCACCUUCCUACCCACUAAAGAAAGAGUUUCCUUUUCCCUGCCUUGAUUGGCAGCAAAGUGGAGGGGAAGACUUGCAGCGGUUGCAAGAGGAGAACCUCCCCAAGUUAUUUUGGGAAGUGAUGGGUUAUUUUCAGCUGGAAUCAAGAAUUGGAGGAAGCCGGCAUACUCACAGAAGACAUGAGGUUGGUGGCAACUUGUGGUCCUGGGACCUAGUUGCUGGUACUGACCAUCUGGAGAUCCUGGUUCCUCCUUCUCAGUGGCUCAUGUGAGGUCACCCUGGUUCUUCUUGUCAUGAUGGUGGAACCAAACACUGACUAACCUCAUGGUUGUGGGAGUUGCAAUAAAUUGGAUUUUUAUAAA